AUGGACAAGGCACUUCGCUCUCCAGUCAUCACAAAGUUGCACAAGAUCAUCGAGAGGAUGGGCCGCAAGGCAAAGCGCGGCGGUGCGAAGCAGGGCGUCCGUGACGCCGGGAAGGCGAAGGUCGCGCCGGCUGACCGCGCCUCGCCGGGCGGGGAGGGAGGCAGUGCGAGCGCGGCCGCCGCCGGGCUGCCGAUGGCCAACCUCGUGCGCCUCAUGCGGCAGGUGAUCCCCAAGGGCGUCAAGGUCUCCGCGGGCGCCAAGCACCUCACCCACGACUGCGCCGUCGAGUUCGUCGGCUUCGUCGCCGGCGAGGCGUCCGAGCAGGCCAGGGAGCAGCACCGCCGCAUCGUCUCGCCCGAGGACUUCACCCGCGCGUCCCAGACGCUCGGGCUCGACGACUACGUCGAGCCCAUGAGCACGUACAUCCGCCGCUACCGCGAGCACCACCACAUCGCUGCCGGCUACGGCGGGUUCGUGACGCGCGCUCCUGCCGUCGUCACUGCUACAGCUGCGGCGGCGCCCGUGACGGCCCCCGGCGUGCCAUGCUUUUCUGAUGAGGAGAUGCAGCACCCGAGCUCCAUGGUGCCUCCCCCGAAUGGAGAACCACGAUGGCGAGGGGAGCCACGACCAUGGUUACACUGGAUACAUGUGAGAGUUGGAUCUGUUGCAUGUAUGGCUGUCCAGUAAUAAUAUAAGGCAGUAACGAGGGUAGAUAAAUGACUGAGCCGUCACCAUAUGUUGUCCUGAUCAUCACUGAAGAUAAAAGUUAUA